AUGACCAACUACGCAACUCUACUCGUCGUAAUUGCAGUAAGUUUCAGCUUGUCCGAAGCAAAAGUGUUCGAGAGGUGUGAAUUCGCCCACCAGCUCUUGAAGUACGGCAUUCCCAAGUGGCAGAUUCCAACAUGGACGUGCAUUGCUCAGCACGAGUCAAAUUUCGACACAUCUCAAAUCAAUCACUCCAGCGGCGACCAUGGUAUCCUCCAGAUAAGCGAAAUUUACUGGUGUACUGCUCAUGGAGGCCCAGGAAAGGCGUGCAAGAAGACCUGUGCUGACUUCAGGAAUGAUUACUUGGGUGAUGAUAUUGCCUGUGCCAAGACUAUCUACGAGGAACAUCAGAGGCUGUCAGGCAACGGCUUCAAUGCCUGGGUUGCUUACCGUAAUCACUGCACUGGAGAUAACUCACAUCACGUUCAAGGCUGUUUUUAGAUAGUAACUAGAUAACUCAUUAGUUAGUUUUCAAUCUUUCUGUUUUUUUUUUGUUUUAUUAAUAUUUACCAGUAUUAUAUAUUUUAUUUUCUAUUUAAUAGUUUUUUUAUGACCUUAAUGUAUUUGGAGAAGCAAGGCAAAUGAAGAAUGUUGUUCUAUACAUUGUUUUUUCGAAUAGAUGUGGCUAAAAUUUAAUUUUAAAAAUCAU